GUCCUGCUCAGAUCCUCUUUGGGUGGCCUGUGUCUGCUCAGUUCCUGGUGUGACCUCUCUCAAGAUGCCUGAGCCGGGGAAGAAGCCAGUCUCAGCCUUCAGCAAGAAGCCGAGGUCGGCAGAGGCGGCCGCCGGAAGCCCUGCCGUGUUCGAGGCCGAGACAGAGCGGUCGGGAGUAAACGCGCGCUGCCUGCGCGGGGGCAGCGACCUCCGUGCCGGGGACAAGUACGGCCCGGCAGCCGAGGGCACGAGGCACACUCUGACAGUGAGGGACGUGGGCCCUGCCGACCAGGGGCCCUACGCAGUCAUCGCUGGCUCCUCCAAGGUCAAGUUUGACCUCAAGGUCAUAGAAGCCGUGAAGGCAGAGCCUGUGCCGAGCCCUGCUCCUGCCCCUGCUGAGGCUCCUGGGGCCCCCGGCGAAGCCCUGGCCUCAGCCACUGAGGAGAAAGGAGGCUCCCCGAGUCCUGAAGGGUCAAGCUCAGCAGUCCCUGAUGGCUUGGGUGCCCCUGAUGACCCCAUCGGCCUCUUUGUGAUGAGGCCACAGGACGGCGAGGUGACCACAGGUGGCAGCAUCACCUUCUCUGCACGUGUGGCUGGAGCCAGCCUCCUGAAGCCGCCCACGGUCAAGUGGUUCAAAGGCAAGUGGGUGGAUCUGAGCAGCAAAGUGGGCCAGCACCUGCAGCUGCACAGUAGCUACGACCGGACCAGCAAGGUCUACCUGUUUGAGUUGCACAUUACAGAUGCCCAGGCUACCUUUGCGGGCGGCUACCGCUGUGAGGUGUCCACCAAGGACAAAUUUGACAGCUGCAACUUCACUCUCACUGUCCACGAGACCGUUGGUCCCGGAGACCUGGACCUCCGAUCAGCAUUCCGCCGCACGAGCCUGGCUGGAAGUGGUCGGCGGGUCAGUGACAGCCAUGAGGAUGCUGGAACUCUGGACUUCAGCUCACUGCUGAAGAAGAGAGACAGUUUCCGGAGGGACUCGAGGCUGGAGGCGCCAGCCGAGGAGGACGUGUGGGAGAUCCUGCGGCAGGCAUCCCCGUCCGAGUACGAGCGCAUCGCCUUCCAGCACGGCAUCACCGACCUGCGCGGCAUGCUCAAGAGGCUCAAGGGCAUGAAGCGGGAUGAGAAGAAGAGCACAGCCUUUCAGAAGAAGCUGGAGCCGGCCUACCAGGUGAGCAAGGGCCACAAGAUCCGGCUGACCGUGGAGCUGGCCGACCCCGACGCCGAGGUCAAGUGGCUUAAGAAUGGGCAAGAGAUCCAGAUGAGCGGCAGCAAGUACAUCUUCGAGUCCAUCGGUGCCAAGCGCACACUGACCAUCAGCCAGUGCUCACUGGCGGACGACGCGGCCUACCAGUGCGUGGUGGGUGGCGAGAAGUGCAGCACGGAGCUCUUCGUCAAAGAGCCCCCCGUGCUGAUCACUCGGCCCCUGGAAGACCAGCUGGUGAUGGUGGGACAGCGCGUGGAGUUUGAGUGUGAAGUGUCCGAGGAGGGGGCCCAGGUCAAAUGGCUGAAGGAUGGGGUGGAGCUGACCAGGGAGGAGACCUUCAAAUACCGGUUCAAGAAGGACGGCCAGAGACACCACCUGAUCAUCAAUGAGGCGACGCUGGAGGACGCCGGGCACUAUGCGCUGCGCACCAGUGGGGGCCAGGCGCUGGCCGAGCUCAUUGUGCAGGAGAAAAAGCUGGAGGUGUACCAGAGCAUCGCGGACCUGACGGUGGGCGCGAAGGACCAGGCGGUGUUCAAGUGUGAGGUGUCCGACGAGAACGUGCGGGGCGUGUGGCUGAAGAACGGGAAGGAGCUGGUGCCCGACAGCCGCAUAAAGGUGUCCCACAUUGGGCGGGUCCACAAACUGACCAUUGACGACGUCACGCCUGCGGACGAGGCUGACUAUAGCUUUGUGCCUGAGGGCUUUGCCUGCAACCUGUCGGCCAAGCUCCAUCUCAUGGAGGUCAAGAUCGACUUCGUGCCCAGGCAGGAACCUCCCAAGAUCCACCUGGACUGCCCGGGCCGCAAGCCGGACACCAUUGUGGUUGUGGCUGGGAACAAGCUACGCCUGGAUGUCCCCAUCUCCGGGGACCCUGCGCCCACUGUGAUUUGGCAGAAGACCAUCACACAGAAAAACAAGGUCCCGGCAGGGCCAGCCCCCGAUGCCCCGGGGGCUGCAGGUGCCAGUGACGAGUGGGUGUUUGACAGGAAGCUGCUGUGUGAGACCGAGGGCCGGGUCCGCGUGGAGACCACCAAGGACCGUAGCAUCUUCACUGUUGAGGGGGCAGAGAAGGAAGAUGAGGGUGUCUACAUCGUCACGGUGAAGAACCCCGUGGGCGAGGACCAGGUCAACCUCACAGUCAAGGUCAUCGAUGUGCCAGAUGCCCCGGCAGCCCCCAAGAUCAGCAAUGUGGGUGAGGACUCCUGCGUGGUGCAGUGGGAACCACCUGCCUAUGACGGUGGCCAGCCGGUCCUGGGCUACAUCCUGGAGCGCAAGAAGAAGAAGAGCUACCGGUGGAUGCGGCUGAACUUUGACCUGCUGCGGGAGCUGAGCCACGAGGCCCGGCAUAUGAUCGAGGGCGUGGUGUAUGAGAUGCGAGUCUACGCGGUCAACACCAUCGGCAUGUCCAGGCCCAGCCCUGCCUCCCAGCCCUUCAUGCCGAUCGGUGAGGCUGCCUGGCCUGGCACUGCCCCUCGCCCCCCCCCCGGUCCACAGCUGCACUGUGGGCGGCCACCACACUAGGCGUUUACAUCAUGGUCCCCUUUAAGCCUCAGCAGGGGACAGUCCUCUUCAUUUCACAGAUGAAGGAAGGGGGUUCCCAGACGUCCCCUAGCUGGUAGGGGUGGAACCGAGACACACCACUCUGACUAUUGGUGCCUCUCGGGCCUCACUUUCCACAUCUUUAAAAUGGGGUGAUGACAAUAUCUACUCUAUGGAACUGCUGUUAGGAUGGCAUACAGCAGGUGCUCAAAAAAUGUUAAUGGUCCCCUCUUCCCCGUUCCCUGCAACCAGGGUUUGUCAUAUAUGGGACAGAGUGAGGGCACUGGCUGCCUGGGGGGUCCAAGGGGCUUGGGUCUGUGGAAAGGACCCUGGACUGGACUCGGAGAUGGAGUUUGCAGAGUCGGCUCCAUCACCCCGGGGAGGACCAUCUGGGGUCACGGGGGUCGAGAGGGAGGAACAGACGCUGAGGGUGUGCCAGGCUCUUGAGCACAGCUGUUCCUACCAGGACACGACAGGGGGUGGGGCAGCUGUCGGGGGCAGAGGCAGGCGCCCCCCUCUGGCCCUAGGAGGGGGCACAGCUUGCAGCAAGGAGCAGGGGUUCCGUGGGGAGAAGGCUCCAGGCCUCUCUCUUUAGGGACUGACUCCCAGUUUGCUGAACUCUUAGCCAGCUCGUCUAACCAUACAGCGCCAGGAGACUCCCUGUUUUAGGCCGGUUUUUCCUUAAAUGCUACAUUUAUAGCAUUUCCUCUGUUGUUGGACGAAGUGGCUCCUUGUAAGCACAUUUGCGUUCUUUGGGGUAUCUUUUCCUAUUCAGAGCUCUCUUUUGUGUUGCUGUUCGUUUGUUUUUAAGCCUAUCUAGAGACAUGUCUUUUCACAGAGCUGAAAUAUUUCUGACAGAGCUUGGAAGCCAGACAACGGGGAAAGUGCCCCUGUGUGACCAGUGGCCAGUCGAGGGUCUGGGUCCCAGCCCUUCGGUUUUCUGGGUGGUGCCGGCCCACCCGGACCCCUCUCUGACUCGCCCUCUGCCUAGGCCC